AUGGAGGACAAGAAACAUGAAAAGGGAUACGCGGUGGAGGGGAGUCAGGAGGAGGAAGGUAACGACUUCCGCAGUGUAUACAAACGAGUCGUAUUAAAAAAUAAAGGUCUAAGUGAAAAGACAAACAGUAAUAACACAUUUGCAGAGAUGCUAGAAAUAAGCAGAAUUACUGACUACAACAUGGUGAUGAAAUAUGAGUACCUCCUGAAAUUAAGUUUCUUUAGUAGCAACGUGAACGUCUUGAAUGUAUAUCGAUUAGUGAAGCCCGAAAGUGAAAAAGCAUUUGACGAAAUUGCAGGUCAUUUGAGAAGCAACAUCCUACUUAGUAUAAUGGACACAAACAAAAUAAAUAAUACAAGUGAAAAUGUGGGUGAAUAUUUUACAAACAAUUAUGAGGAAUUAAAAGACCUGGAGUAUGUGAUUGGGAACACAGAUUAUCCACUAGGGUUUGAAAAGAACACCAAUGGGGGUUUUCGAGUGUACCUAUUUAAAAUAAUACCGAACAAAACUCUCUUAUUAAAUAAAAAUAAUUUAAGUUACAUGGAAAAGGGACAAAUUCCAAAUAAUUACGACUCUGUUGCGGUGGAUAGAGAUUUAUUCUAUGAGCAGUUGGGCUCAUCGGUGGAGAGGAAGAGGGGGGGGGAUGGACAGAAUGAAUUGGGCAGAGGUGAGCAAAUUAAGGAGACAUCAACACAUAUGAGGAGGGGCGGAAGUAAUUAUAGCUACAUAUACAAAGUAAAAUCAGCCGAACAGGUACUUCCUGUGUUGUUAAUCGAGUUUGAAUUCAAAUGUUUACGUGUCGACAUCAGCGUGCCGAUAUGUGAAUACUGCUACACCGCUAAGGCUAUUUAUUAUUGCCAUAAUGAUAAGGUCCAUUUGUGCAAUAUAUGUGACAUAAAGCAUCAUGAGAAAAAUAAAAUUUUGAAGAAUCAUAGGAGGAUGCCAAUAUCGGAGUCUCCAUAUCAAUUUGGAAAGUGUGCAUACCAUCCACAUGAGGUGGUCGAAAGUGUUUGCAUGAAAUGCUAUUGUAGUCUAUGUCCUAACUGUGUGCUGGUAGGAAGUCACUCCAAGGGCACUUAUCGUAACCACCCCAUUGUGAAUAUAAAAGACGCUUUCAUUUUGUCCCAUCAGAAAAAAUCCCUCAGUGAUGUAAAUUUGGAGAAUAGGAAAAAUAGGAUACUCCAUUUGUUGAAGAAGAAGCACAAAUUGCUAGCAGAAAUCUAUUCCAACUACACUUCUUUGCAAAAACGAAUCGAUACAUUAUAUAAAUACAUAAUUGACGAGAUAAAAGUUUUAAAAAAAAAAAAAAUGCAAUACAUAAUGGCUUUGAAGAGGUCUGUUUUAUCUCAACUAUUGACCAUCGAAUGGACAGAGGCCUUUUUUUAUCAUACAAAAUUAUCCUUAAAUUUAUCUGACUUUAUUUUAUACCAAAAGAAGCAUGAAUUGGCUGUUCAAUUUUUAAUGGCCAAAAAAGGGGAGGAUUCAGAUUUUAUGAAAAAUGCACCACAUUGGUUGUGUCAGAAAAUUUACGUGCAAUCAAAUUUGUGCAUUUAUGAAGACAGUUUUUUUAAGCUUAACUUUGUUAGCCCUAAGGAUAUCGAGGAAGGGAUGGCCAAGAGGGAUAUAGAUAAUAAGAAGCGUUGCGUUUUGAGGGGAAGUCGUAAUAAGCUGGAAGAAAUGUACAAUUUUAACAAUGCGUUUAAUGACAAGAAGGGGUACUUGGGACUGUAUGACGAGACAGCCUUCGAGGGGGGGGCCAAUGAGGCGGGCAGUGCACAUGAGCCUAGCGUUAAGUACUCCGCCGCGCAGGGUGAACAGGUGGAACACGCGCCAGAGGAAGCUCCGCAUGACCAUUUCUCUAAUCAUACAAAACUCGUGGAUACAACCAAAUUGAGCAACAAAGAUGUGCACAGCGUUCUCACGCUAGAGAAGGAGUAUGCGUCCAUGUACGAUGUGACUGAAGAGAAACCAACCAACUGUAAUUUGUUAAUGGAAGUUUUUAGAGACACAAGGGAGGCGAACUUAAGCGGGAAGGGAAAAAUUCCCCCGAAGCAAUCACACAUUUGCAGAGAGUUGUGGAAGCACCUGGUUAAUUACAAAUAUAUAAAUGUGAUUCAUAUAUUGAAGGCGAGGUGCAGCUUGAACACCCUCCUUCUAACGCAUUCCUUUUUUAACGUGGCGUCCUAUUAUGACAGUUUGGAAGACCUAGUGAAGCACAUAAUUAAACACGAAAUUUAUACCCUGCUGAACAAAAACAUCGACUACCACACGAAGAUGAAGGUGACCCAUGUCUUGGACAGCGUUGCCACGUUGUUAUGUCUCCGGAGGUUUGUGCUCGCCCCUUGGGUGGAUAAAUAUAUCGAGCUGUGCUGUGCGCAUAUUGGGAAGGAGGAAAAUGGCGUUGCUGUCUCCAAUGGGGAAGCCUCCCAAAAGGGGGACAAUAUGCAUGGGAACAAUUCAGAGGUGAAAGAUGAACAAGCCGUAUCAGUUCAUUCGCCAAAUGAGCACGUGAAGGGUACCAAACGGAUUAGCAGAGAUGACCCUGAUGAGGUGGUAAAGGGGGAUAAGGAUGGCUACGGUCAAGUUGGAACAGGUAUGGAAAAGGAAGAGUUCCCAGCAAACGGGGGAAAUAACACCGUAUUGGGUGACGAAACCAUGUUGGAAGAGGAUAAUACAAUUUUGGAAGAUAUGAACACAAAGAAGGAUGGAGACAACGUGGGGAGCAGCAGCGGACAUGAUGUCAUGGCGGAUGUAUGCCUGACUGCAGAUGAGAAGCAGGAGCUGUCCACCCUGAAAAAGAUAAAGGAACACAUAUACGUAUAUUUAGAAAUGCUGAUCAACGAUUUGGUGAAAAUACCCCACAAGGAUCUCAACGACGGUGUACGAUUUAUGUUUUAUCUUAUCCAUGACGAAAUAGAUGGAAGAAAUAAAAACUUCGUGAUGAAUGAAAAGAAGUUCAGUAUACACACCUUAUGCCUUUGCUUGGAUAUAUUCCUCAACUCUGUAUUGUACCCUUACAUUUUUUACGUUCACGAGGAAAAUUUGAAUUAUCAGGGGAGGAUUCCGAUUUGGAAGAAAAGGGACUCUUCCCUUCACCAAAAAGUAGCAGUCAUGUUUGGCCAAACGGUGAGGGAAAUAUCGAUAUAUGUUUUUCAGAUUUACAAUUUAGGCAUGUAUGAUAGCAACUUGAAGGCGUUCAUAAAUAACAUAAAGGAUAAUAAGAUGCUUCGCGGCACGGCCACAAACGAGAAAAUGUUCUUCCUGGACGUGUCGCAGAAGCUGUUCCAAUGGAUAAUCAAAAAUUUGGAGUCGCCCAGGUACUACGCCCCCGUGAGGUGGAACUGCCGCGAAGCGGUCGAAAAAAGUUACCAGCGGAUCGUCCAGGAAAUUGUUCACAUAGACGAGUCGUCGACAAACAAUUGUGUAAACGAGAAUGUUGAUUAUAACGUCUUAUUCAGCACCGCAAAUUUUAAGGAGAUUCUGUCUCUCUGCUACUCGAUGCAACGUGUUGGCGCUUGA